UGUCGGUCUUGCUUGUCGGCAUCGGCAGUUUGCGUUUUUUCUAUAAUUUUUCUCAAAGUUUUGAUUGUUCUUCAAAUCUGCUGUUUCCAUGAAAUUCACACGGCAAUUAUAGGAUUUCAAGAGCAUAACAACCAAUAACAAUGCUUCCGAAGCUAACAGAUACUACCCAAACUAUAUCCUUCUCAGAGGGAGAUGGCGUUUGCAGCGCAGAUGUGUUUGCAACCGAUGUUGUGGUUACCUCCAAUGCUGGCAACCACAACCACGGCAGCUCUAAGGUCAAACUCCGCAACUUGGUCGACUACAACUGGGAGCCUAAGUUCUACCAUGGACAGCUGCUCGCUAUACACAUGAGUGGGAAAUAUAUGGCAUAUUGUAUAAAAGCAACAAACCCGCUUAAUCCGGGUUCCUGGAGUGGCAUGGUCCGUGUGGUGUACACCCCAGAACCGGGGACAGAGAAGCGCUCACUCAUCAAGGGAAUGAAAGGAGUGGUGCAAGACUUGGCAUUCGCUCACAUUCAGAAUCAGGUGAUACUGGCGUGUAUAGACGAGCUGGGGAACUUUUAUGUUCACGAGAUUGAGGUCACAGAUGGUAUCAGAUGCACACUGUUAGCGGAGAUCCGUGAAGACACGGGCGUGGGCGGCGCAUCAGCUCGCGUGGUGUGGUGCCCUUACAUUCCUGACGAGGACGACACACAAGACGAUGACGUGGCCAGGCUGCUGUUGACCACACACGACAAUAUUGCUCGCAUGUGGAACAUGCGCGAAGUCGUCUCCUCGCUGCCGGGCGGCGCGGCGUCGCCGGCGAGCGCGCUGCUGGCGGCGGGCGGCGGCGCGCUGCAGGCGGCCGAGCACGCCGCGCCGCUCGUGCACGCCGCCUUCUCCCCCGACGGCACCGCGCUCGCCACCGCCGCGCGCGACGGCUGCGUGAUGUUCUUCCAGGUGUACAUGCGUAACGAAGCGAGCCCAAGAUGUCUGCACAAGUGGCAGCCGCACGGAGGCAAACCACUCUCCUGCCUCUUCUUCCUCGACAACCAUAAGAAUUACAACACCGACGUACAAUUCUGGAAGUUCGCCGUGACCGGCGCCGAGAACAACACAGUCAUCAAGAUAUGGUCGUGCAAGUCCUGGAACUGCAUGCAGACGAUCACGUUCCCCGCCUCUCUGGGCGCCGAGCCCCCCUCGCCGGGGCUCAAGGCCGCCCUGGACUCGAGCGCCGGCUACCUGCUGCUGUCCGACUUCAUGAGCCGCUCACUGUACGUGAUGAAUCUCGUGUGGGAUGUGGACGACACGACGGCGUACUGUAAGAACAUAGCGGAGUUCCUGCUGCCGUAUCCGGUGUUGAGUUUUUGUAUCGUUGAUGCGGAGGAAGAGCAAGUGAAAUGCGAGUCGAGUUGCGACGAUCCGUUCCACAGAAAUGGCUCCAAUGGAGACUCGCCCGACACACCGGACGAGUUCGACAUGCACAAUGCUGAGGACGGCGUUGGUACAGCGAGCGACAACACGCCCGAGCGCAGAAUCUGCUUGCGACUGUACAUAGUCCAGCCCAAAGGUUUACAAGAAGGCGAAUUGGUGUACUCGCCGCCGUCUGCCGUACAAAGAGAUACCUUAUUGCAGGAAUUAUCGGAGUUAUCUUUGGAUGAAAAGGCGAAUGAUGCACCAGGCAUAGCGUCCAGUAUUCUCCAGCAGCAGAGUCAGCAGUUGAAGAAUUUACUUAUGAGGACACAGACGCAGCCGGGCAGCCUGCUGUGCCGCGCGGAGUCGCCCAGCGCCGCGCAGCUCAACCUUAUGACGCCGGACGCGUUCAGUUCUCCCGGGAAGCGAGACGAAGAAGAUCCGCCGCUGUCGGCCACCCCCGACGUGGGGGCAAAGUCUCGUACAUCAAUUGGCGCGUGCGCAUCGGAAGUGGGGAGCGCCAGCGGCGCAGUGGCAAUAGCGCACGACGUCAACCCGGUGUCCGGGGGCUCCAGCCCCAGCCGCGAGGUGCAGCAGAUCAUGGCGCACGAGCGGGACUACUAUAAGGACAUGGAGCAGAAGGAGUCCCCGGAGGAGCCGGCGGCGGCGGAGCAGCAGCUGGCCAGCGCGCCGCUGUACGCGGACGGGUUCCCGCCCAAGCCGCUGGUGCAUUCCAACAGUGACACGUCAUGGCCGCAGAUUUCCAUCGCUCAAAUCAACGAAGCCAACCAGCGGAAGGCUUCUAGUGACAAAGGUCUAUCAUUGACCAAUAGCAGCGGCCACGCCAUUACUAUGAAUAGCAACAAUGCUCUGACAGGCAACACGAGCGGCCCUCCGCUGGUCAACACGAUCGGGCAACCCCUGGCUACGCCCAGCCCCCCGCCGGCGGGCGCGGCCCCCCCCAGCGCGGCGCCCCCCGCACCCUCCGCGCCCCCCGCGCCCGCAGCCCUAUCCCCCGCCGACAGGGCCAGGCUCGACAGCCUGGACCACAAGAUUGACAAGCUGAGAGAGUUGAUAACGGCUCAGAGUCACGAGGUGAGAGCGCUGCGCGCCGCCGCGGGCAGCCCGCGCGCGCUGGACGCGGCGCUCGACGAGCACGCGCGCCGCGCCGCCGCCGCCGUGCGCGCCGCCAUGGCCGACGGCUGGCAGUGUGUAUCCCAGGUCAGCGACACCGCGGCCCGCACCGCCGCCCACUCGGCGGGAUUGGGAGCGGCCCGCGCUUUAGAGCCACUGGCGAACGCGUUACAACACGAACUGGCCACCAAGUUGAGCGCCACUGACCAGCUAUUGCGGGAGAACAUUGACAAACUGGUCACUAGCAAGACGGUAAUGGAACGCCUCAGCACAGCCAUAGCCAAGUCCCUGUCGGAGAUGGUCCGCGACUCCCUCCGCGCGGCGCUAAUGGAGAGCGUACUGCCCGCGAUGGAGAAAAUGCACGCGCAAAUAUUCAGACAGGUCAAUCAGGCGUUCCAGAAUGGCACUAAGGAGUUCGCAACAAACACAGAAGCGGCGGCCCGAGCGGCGGCCGAGCGCGGCGCCGCAGCGGCCAGCAACAACCUGUGCGCCGCGCUCGAGCGCCACGCCGCCGCGCUCGCCGCGCACUCCGCGCACGCGCCGCAGCUGGCCGCCGCCGUGCGCGACCUCACGCACAGCGUGCUAGAAAAGGAGCUGUCAUGGUGGCGGGAACAGGCCCGCAGUGUGGCGCUGCAGAUGUCGCGCGCGCACACGCCCGCCACGCCCGCCGCGCACGCGCCCGUCGACCGGCAGAUGCAAGUAGCGAACAUUCAAUCGCUAAUGAACAGCGGCGACGCUAACGGCGCUUUCCAACUAGCGCUGUCGGCGUCAGAUCUGACGCUAGUGGUGGCCGCCUGCCGCGCUUGCGAGCCCUCGGCGGUGUUCGCGCCGUGCAAGCUCAAACAGCACGUGCUGCUGUCGCUGGUGCAGCAGCUGGCGGCCGAUAUGACCAGAGACACGCAUCUCAAGUAUAGGUACCUAGAAGAAGCCGUAAUGAACCUGGACACGUCCAAUCCGGUGACCCGGGAACACCUGCCCAUAGUCAUCCGGGAGUUGCAAAAGCAAAUAGUCGCCUUCCUCAACUCGUCCCCGGGACACGCGCUGACGAGGCAGUUCAAGAUGCUGCUGAUGGCCACGGAGUCCCUGGUGAAGGCCACCGGCUGACCGCCGUGCGGUUGUGUGUGCAGACCGCGAUAGGGGAGGUAAUUGACGCACCGGCCUGAUGAUUUGUUAAAUAUAUUGAUCGAUUAUAUGCAUACAAAUGAUGGAUUUAUUUGUUUAUCUGUGUAGCACUCACAAGGUUAUAAUGACUAUAAAGACUGUAUACAAAACUGAAAGACAUGCUGUAUGAAAGUUGGAUAAUAGCGGUUACAUAAAGACUUGAAAUAAUUUUCCCUGUUGUUAAAAAGAUUUGACUAGCGCCAUCUGUUGGAUAUAGCGGGAAACACGGCAUGUCACUGACGUGAAUAAUACAAUAUGGCAGCUAGUAUUUUACCCGCCAUUUUUAGCGCCCCAACGGGUGAACUGAAUAUACGAUUACAGUUUGAUGUAAAAUGGUGGCCAUGUUGUAUGAAUUCUGAGAAAGAACACUAGUCUAUUGUACAAUUUAUAUGGCCUUAAAUUAAAAAAAGAAAGCGAAAUAACUGUCCGUCAGUACGCUCACGUCAAUAUUGAGAAAAUAUAUAUUUUUUUAAUCGCCUAUGUGAGGUCAGUACAUUAUAGAGGUCAGCGCCAUCUUUUGGCGAGUAGUAUUGAAACAAAAUUAUUUGUCUGUAGGUUAAAAAAAAUACCUUUUAUCAAUAGCGGCAAGCUUAUCACAGGAUUAUUCUAUACAUACAUAAUUUAAAUAACUUGUGAACAGUUUUGUGCAAUCACUACUACUGUUACUUGUAUUUAUCAUACCUAUAUGUUUUCUUAUAUCUACAUAAAUUGGUAAAUAAAUAAAAUACAUACAUAAACAAAAAUCAAUGAAUAUGUUUAAUAAAUUAUCAAAUAAAUAUAACGUGCGUCUCUCUUAUCGCGUGGAACACUUGUGAUUGUAGUUUACAUGGACACUUUAAGUGAGAGUGAGAAACGAGACGUGUAAGAGACACUAACAGAAGACUUGCUGUCUAAUUUGGACGCUUAAAUGUGCUGAUUUAGAUGUAAGUAUAUUUCAUUUGCUGAUAAAGUUAAUUUUACAAAAUGCUCCGUCGAAACAUGUCUGCAAAUUAACAUCUUAAUAAGUACGUUUAAGUGGUUUCUGUGGUCGGGUGACUGUGGGAAACAAAAGGCUCCUAAAAACGCGUACUUUAAUAUAUUUAUUAAAGACAUUUCACUCACUACGGUCAGUCAUUUCGCGCCUAAACCACUAAACCGAUUUUGUUCAAAUUUGGUACAGGGAUAGAUUUGACCCUGAGGCUAAGAAGGGAUUAAAAAACGGGAUAAAAUAUUGGCUAGUUAUAUUUAUAAUUUAAAGCUACAGUUAACUUUGAAUUCACGACAAAUUUGUGUCAAGUUUACAAUAGCUUUAUCAGCAAAUUGAAAUUGGACAAUGGGAUCUCCCCAAGACGUAUUUUUAUUAUCAAACACAGCUAUAAGACUGUUAUGUUGUAAUUUAAGAUUUUCGAAUGCAAUCCCAAAAUGAGGAGUGUAAGCUUUGUUGAAAAUGUUAAUGUGAAUAAUUUCUUAUUAAUAUCGCUACUAAUAUAUACAUAUGUAUAUUACACUGUAUUAUUAAAUUUAUUUUUGUAAGACUCUGUCAUCGGUUACUGUUAUUAGGAAUGCCGGCCAGCCCCCGUAUUAUAGCGCGCGCGACGCCGUUAUAAUCGCGCGAGAAACUAUUGCUAUUUCGCUGUUUAUUAUGAAGUAAAACGGGAUAGCGAUAGUUGCUGCUGCUGGGACUGGGUGUGUUGCUAUUAUGUAUAGUAAACGAGUGUAUGACAAUGAUCUAUAGAUAACAAUAAUGUUGACUCAGUAAGCGUGUUAAUUUCUCAAAUAAAUGAUCAUUUAUACUCUUUUGGUGUUGUUGGUGAAAAGAUGUUUUUUUUUUAAACAAUUUAAUAAUUACAGUUGCCUGAAUAAUAAAUAAGGUUAACUCAUUCCUAGAUGUUCACACGGUCCAGUAGAAGUCAGUAAUUACACGGUAAAACAUUUUCUGACCUCCUUGGCCCUGUUACAAGAAGACCGAACCCGGCUCGGAUGAUGACCUGUUGCAUUAGGUGCUUACUCCUUUAAUUAAAUUUGGUACAGAGUUGGAUUUGACCCUGAGGCUAGGAAAGGGUUAAAAAAACGGGAUAAAAUAUUGGCAGUGAACAACAGAUCACGCGGUCACACUUACCCACGAUAAAUUUAUUCAUCAUGAUCAUCAUUUCAGCCGUAGGAUGUCCACUGCUGGACAUAGUCUUCCCCCAAUGACUUCCUACUUGCUGGCGACCUGCAUCCAACGUUUCCUUGCGGACUUUACCGGAUCAUCGAUCCAUUUUGAGCCGAUAAACAUAUAAAGCUUUCUAAGGACAAAAUAAUAUGAACUGUACAAAAUGUAGUUGAUAAGUUUUAUUGCGUAAUUUUAUUACGGUAAUAAAAACAGGAAAGGUUAUCGCUCUCAUAAGUUACAAUAAUGAUUAUAUCAAAGUAUGAUUCUAAAUGGAAAAAAGAAAAUGUGGGGAUAAGAAAACCAAGAGGUACCUUGGUCAACUCUGACACGUUCUUAUGAACGAUCAGGUCAGGAGUUCUUUAUGAAGCGAAAUAUAUAAUCAGGGGUCAUAUGGCAAAUGCGAAAAUGUGGUUACUACAUAGAAAGGGUGUAAUUAUAAAUAUUUUGUGUCAAUACCUUUAUUUGACACUGACCAGACAUGCUAUCUAUUCCCUUCUAGCGCACAGCAUCAAGAUAAAACUGUCUCGCUCUAGCAUUUCUCUGCGCGCCUCCCAUCUGAACGCGCCGGGUAGCCCUAGCGUAGUACCUUUUUAAGGCUAGGUGUUAAAAUUGACAGUCAAGCUUCGGUAAGACCAAAAUAAUUUUUUUUAUUUCUUCGGGGGAAAACGUCCAAAAACAUAAAAUUCGUCCAAAAAUGUAUCUUAAUGUAUUACUAUAAAGCAUACAAUACAAAUCCCUAAAACUUAUUGUAGGUAAUUUUUUGAUGCAUUUUUAAAGGUUAUUUGUAUAUCAUGUGAGGCCACUUUUUGUUUUUUUUUAUCAUGCUUAUUUUCUCAUACGUGAAUCUUAAAGUAAAUCGAACUUUGUAUGUGUAAAAUACACUUAAAAAUCUGAGGUUCCCAAGCAUAUGACCACUCUGACCCCUUUCUAUGAAUGUUUCAGAGUCCUCUAAUUAAAUAACCAGUUUCACUUACCAUGGUUCAAAAUGGAUACAGUACAUAUAUCUGAAAUUCUGUGGAUCGUGUUUAUUGUCUGACCCCGGGACCCCGACAACUUUUGAAGAUAUUACCUUUUUGACCUCAUUGUGUAACCGAGCCAAGCAGAGAAUAUGAAUAGAAGUAGACUAAGGCUUACAAAUUGUAAAUAUUCAAUAUAGAAGAAGCUAGAUUCUUACGUAUUUAAUGAUAGUGCAUAAAAUAGCUGAACGUGACCAUUCAGUCUUUUCAAGACUGUUAGCUCUGUCUACCCCGCAAGGGAUAUAGACGUGACCAUACGUAUGUAUGUAUGAAUGAUAGUGCUAAAGACCGUGCGUUCGACCAGAGUGUAUCACUUUGGUGCUAUGUAUUUGAAAUCUCCUGCUAAUGCUAUUAUGCUUUUUAUCUCUAGGACAGAAGUUAUGUUUUCAAAUGCCACACAUCAAGCCUGUUCAAUCUUUCAAUCAAAUCAAAUCUGUGUGACUAUGUUUCUUUUUAUCGUAUACCUACUUAAAAAGAAACGAUUCGUUAGUUAGUUCUUUUGAUUAUAUUUCAAUAUUGUAUUCAUUACGGAAGUUCAGCUGUUCUAUCUUGUUUUUGAUUCCGUUUUUAACGCGCUUAUAUCAUUCUAUUGUUGAUGGUCAUGAUGAUGAUGAAUGGAAUCUUUGGUUAGAAGGAGAGGAAAGAUGAUAGGAACAUAAUGUCAUGUUUACGUUCGUGAAAAACCACGCAUGUCGCUAAAACUACAAUAGAAAGAUGUAAUCGUCGUGAAACUAACUAAAAUAUUUGCUUAUAGCUGCACUCUAGACAUUAUUUGUUGAAUAUUUAGACUUUAAACAGUUGAUUUUUAAAUUCGUGUAACAGAAUUCACAAAGUCUGGGUAUUAUUAAAAGUUUAGAUUGUUUUUGUGUCCUAGGACUGUAUAAAUAAAUUUGACAAAUUUAACAAAUCAAUAAAAUUACCUGAAUAGAUUUUUUUACUAAGAAGGUAAAUUGUCAAGGAAGUUUUCCAUUUUCAAAAAAGAAAUCAUGGAAGUUUUCCGUGACCUUUGAUUUAGAAUUAUGGAAACUUCUGUUGAUUUAAUUUGGCUCCGUUUAAUUAAGUCUUUUUUGAUUGGAACUAAAAGAACACUACAGUUUGUAUUUUUGUUUGAAUCUAGCGAAGGCGUUCGCUUUAUUUUUUUCUUAUGUUGAUGUUAGAAUGUGUAAGAAAUGUAUAAAUAA